GAUCUCCGGGACCUGAGAGCAGCGCGGAGCGGCAUGGGCGCCCUUGGCAAGCUCAGGGCGGCGCUCCUGGCUGGCCUGCGGGCAGUUCAGCCGCCAGAGAGGCUCUUCGGAGGCGCCUCCGCCCUCAGCCUCCCGCUCAGGAAGUGGAGGCGGCCGCCGUGCUCUACGUCCAUGGUUCAGGAGAGGUCGCCGUCUUCGCUUCGUGUGCAUUACUGGAAAUCGUCUUCGACCAGCUUCAAGCAGCCAGCGACCCCUUGGCUACAGAGAGUAGCAUCGUCUGCCUAAGUCCCUGAGACUCGGCUGGAUUGAUUCACAGUGACUGCCUCUUACGCAAUGGGCAACCUGCAGAAUAAGAUGGAGAGGACAAUCGAAAGGAACUGCUUGGGACCACAGCUCAGCAUACAAGAGGCAUGGAGCGGUUCCCAAAACCCUACUGAAGAAUCUCCACUGGAGUCUUCCCAAGAGGAUCUUUCUGAGUCGGAGGAUGAGAAUUUCAUUCUGGCACUGGAGAGCAGUGUGGAGGAAGAGAAGGAACCUUCCGGUUCCGACACGCUGAACUUGCCACUUCCAGCACAAGCCGAAGCCCAUCAUGGCCAAGUUCCCCUGAGCAGCACCCCAAGCGUGGUCCCAGAGCUGCAUAGAAGCAGACGCCCCCUAAGACAGUCCUCCUCCACAUCCCUUGAGCCAGAGGACGCCACCGCUAUGGAGCCACCAGCCAAAAGGCAGAGGAUCUCUUCCGUGUGGAGAUACUUCGCGACAAUAAGCAAGUUUGUGGUCCAGUGCCGUCUCUGCCAUGGGGCGGUUAGCCUCGGGAGGCCUGAUGGUUGCCAGCUGGUGGGAACCACUGCAAUGCACAGUCACAUGAUGAGAAAGCACAGAGAUGUCCUUGACAAGGCGUCAGGAAGUGGCAAGACUGCAUCUUCCAGGCCUCGCACCCGGUCUGUCUCGGGCACUUUGGGAUUGACGCCUGCUCUUAACAAGGCAGCAGGAAGUGGCAAGAGGACACCCUGCCGGCCUCGCACUCGGUCCAUGUCAGGCACUUCUAGAUUGCAAUCCACUUCUCUGGCUUGUGUAGCAUGCCAGCUGAGGGAAUUCACUUUGCUAGAGAGCACCAGCAGUCAAGAUUUUGAGUCAAGGGAUGGCAACACCGUGCUGGUAAAGGAGGACCGUGCAGAGGAAAGGGCACUACGAGUACUCAAGGAAAGAGGAGCCUCUGGCUUCAAAAGGCCCCACUCCCUGGUCGUCAACUCCUCCACCUGCUCUGGAUCCUUUGAGCCAAAGGUUGCCACCAACAUGGAGCCACCAGCCCAUCGUGGGAAAACGUCCUUUGUGCGGAAGCUCUUCACCAAGGAUGCCAAUAGCAAAUCUGUGGUCCGUCGCAAUCUGUGCCAUCAAACUGUUAGUCUUGGGAAGCCCAGCGGUUGCCAGAAGGUGGGAACCACCACCGCAAUGCACAGUCACCUCAUGAAAUGCCACAAAGAUGUGGCUGACGAGGCCAAAAGAAGCAGCAAUACGACACACUCCUUCCCUCCUAGGCAGAAAAGAAAGGCAAAUGACAGUCCCUGUGGAGGAAAGAUGGAAGAGCAAGACUCUGUGGCAACUGACACAGGGGAAAAAGCAAGGGUAGCUCCUCACACCGUCCAGGUGAGGGGCAGUGUGACAUCCUCAAACAGAACCGCACAGGAGAUCCUGGGUGAGGAGGACGUCCUCAGCUCAGACGCUCGGCGCCAACGUUUCAGGCAUUUCCGCUACCAGGAGGCCGAGGGACCCCGAGAGGUUUGCAGCCAACUCCACCGCCUUUGCCAACAGUGGCUGGAGCCGAAGAGGCACACCAAGGCUCAGAUGCUGGACCUGGUGAUCCUGGAGCAGUUCCUGGCUGUCCUCCCCCCAGAGAUGGAGAGCUGGGUCAGGGAAUGUGGAGUGGAGACCACUUCCCAGGCAGUGGCCCUGGCCGAAGGUUUUCUCAUGAGCCAAGCGGAAGACCAGAAGGAGGCUGAGGUGCAGGAGAUGUCAUCCAAAGCAACCUCAUGUUUCAUGAAGGCAGAGAACAUCCUGCAGGAUGCCACCGAGAGGCCACUGUUCAGGGAGAUCAAGCAGGAGGCUGACAUGGGCACCACCUCUCUGGCUUAG